AUGAAAAAGUCGGUUCAACUGUCACAUUUCCUCAUACAGUCAGAUAUAUUGGCUAAAUCUAUAGGGCUCAUACCUUACGAUGAUGAGACUAAACCGCAACGCUAUCAAACACUAAUGAAAUGGAUUUUUGUUAUAUUUAUUAUUAAUAUGAAUUUUGUUUUGUUCUCGGAAAUCACGUUUGUUAUCUUGUCCAUGGUUCAUGGUGAAAAUUUCAUAGAGGCCACCAUGAAUUUAUCGUAUAUUGGUUUUGUGUUCGUGGGUGAUAUUAAAAUAUUCAGUGUUUUACAAAAGAAACCAUUACUCACCAUAUUAAUGAGAGAAGUACGCGAAAUGUAUCCGAAGGAACGAAAACUACAAGAGGCCUUUGAUACUAGACGUUAUGUAAGAAGAUUUAAUUUAAUCAGUUUUGGUUUUGUUAUAAUACAUGAGAUUUUAAUUUGGUCCUAUAAUUUGUACACGGCCAUGAGUUAUUUGAUUUAUGAGUUUUGGUUGGGCACAAAAAUUGUUCCCAGAAAUUUGCCCUAUUACGCCUGGGUACCUUGGCAAUGGCAGGGACAUUGGUCGUAUUAUUUCCUCUAUGCUUCGCAAGAUUUAGCGGGUCAUACUUGCAUGUCUGGACAGUUGGCCAAUGAUUUAAUGUUGUGUGUAGUGGCCACCCAGAUUAUAAUGCACUAUCGUUAUUUGGCCAAACGUAUAGAGACUUAUGAACCGGCGAAGGAUUAUGAAAGUAAUAAGGAGUUUUUGAGCGAAUGUAUUCAAUAUCAUCAAAAGAUUUUGAGUUUAUCUGUUUAUAUGAAUGAGGUAUUCGGUGUCAGUCUCUUGGUGAACUUUAUUUCUUCCUCGUUUAUCAUGUGUUUUCUGGGUUUCCAAAUGACCAUUGGUGUCCAAGCUGAUACCUUGAUCAUGCUAUUUAUGUUUUUGUUUUGCUCUCUAGUGCAGAUUUUGAUGAUUUGCAAUUAUGGUGAAGAACUAAUUGUCAAGAGCGAAAGCAUUGGACAUGCCAUUUAUAAUCACAACUGGCUUAACACCGAUACUCGUUAUCGCAAAAUGUUGAUUUUGAUAAUAGAACGUUCACAAAAGCCCGCCUUGCUGAAAGCCACCACAUUUUUAAAUGUUUCCAUGGGUACGAUGACAGAUCUGAUGCAAUUGUCGUAUAAAUUUUUCGCAUUGCUAAGAACUAUGUAUUCGAAAUAA